AGAUACCGAUCGGAAAGCAAGGUGUAUUUUCUAGACUUCGAAUUUACAACAAAUUCUAAGACACACCUUAGCUUUUGUGAAAAUUUGAACCAUUAUUAUUAGGAUAGACGAAAAACUUUAUUAGGAGACGGUUGGAAGUAAAUUGACCGAGAAUAUUACACAUCAAAUAGACGAAUCUGAUAGAGAAAGACGGCAACUGUGCCAUUUUGAUUUUCUUCAAUACAAAGGGCGUCGAUAAGCCUCCAAAAAAUAUUCUAUUACAACCUCGAAAUUCUGUAGAAAUGUUGUCGUUUACACCAAUCUAGAUAAUAUUGCAUUCUAUGAGAAGAAAUGCGUGCAGAAAGUUGAGCACAUCGUGUAUGGAAAGUGGUGUGUUCGAGAAACUGUCGACUUGAAAUGUUCUCUAGUUAGAAAUGGUUGAAAGAAAACUGAUGCGUCCAAAACGUAAGAUGACAAAUUCAAAUUCUAAUACCAUGUUUAAAACGGUCGUUAUCCCUAAAGUUGUCGGGGAUAGAGUUUUGGCACCAAUAGAUGCCCAACAGUUAUUAAAUGCCCUGGCCCCGUUACUAGCAUCAGAUGGUAGUAUCAAGGGACCAGUGGAAGCCUCUCGCAUCAGUAGUUUGAUGAAAGAUGCAUACAAAAUGGUGAGCAAGUGUGUAUAUUUAAAUAUACUAAAAAUAACCAGCGACCCACAGACAUUAGAAAAGUUUAUAGCAGUGGGAGGAUGGGAAACCCUAAACGACUGGUUACAGGAAUGCAAGGUUCCAGAAUAUAACGGAUUUCUUAUAGAAGUUUUAAAAGUAUAUAAAGAAUUACCUGUUACCAUAGAUUUAUUGAAGAAAAAUAAUGCUGCUAAAACAAUCAAACAAUUAGCUAAAUCAGAUGUUGAUAAUAUUAAGAUAUUAUCAAGUCAUAUUAUUGACAGUUGGAUGAAAACAGUUAGAGAAGGCAAGGCUGAAGAUGGAGAGAAAAAGAAAGAUAAAAAGAGAAAGAAAGAACAUUCCAGUAGUAAAGAUAAAGAUAAAAAGGAUUCUACAAAUAGUGACUCAAAUUCCAAUCAUAAACAUGAACAUUCUAGUAAACAUGAACAUUCUAGCAAACAUGAACAUUCUAGUAAACAUAGACAUAAUAGUAGUGAGGAAAAAACAUCCAAAAAACCUAAAACUGUGAAAACAUUAGCUAGUAAAUUUAGAUCUACAGGGUUAGAAGAUCAAACAAUUGUUCCUGUUAAAAAGAAAACAAUUGGUGAUAUUAGACCAUUCCCUGUUUUACCUAAAAGACCGGUUAAUAGUGAAGAACCGGUUGAGAAGAAGCCUCGUUUAACGUUAACUAUACCAGUACCUCCAUCUUUAUCCACAACGACAACUCAGCCUACAUCAACUAGUCCUGUAAAUACAUCACCUCCAGAAGUUACACACGGAAAAAUCAAAAUAAUUCCAGCUAAAAGACUUCCCACCCAUGAGAUACACGAAGAUUCCGGUUUUAUGGAUAGUAUAUCCAGGGCACCUCGUUACGGUCAGGUAAAGAAAAAGAAAAAAUUAACAUCUCCUGUAUCAACAUCAGCACCUACUACAACAGCAUCUACUGGUCCUCCACAGUUACAACCAGCUAUUCCAAAUACCUCGCCUACAUCUGCUACUAGUCCUAUAUCACCAACUGUUUCCAUGGCUCAACGAUUACCAUCUGUUCCCUCAUUCUAUAAAGAUACGUUAGAAACUGUAGAAGAACCUGCUAGUCAAGAGAUGAACGAGAGAAGUCCGUCACCCAUAGAACUUAAUCCUGUUAAUCUACAGAUGCCGUUACUAUCUCCAGAACGUCCAGUCACACCAACAGAUCAAGAUUUGGAUAAUAAACCAGAACAAGAUGGUGAAAAUAAAGAGGAACCUAAAGGUGAUGGUGUUGACGAUGAUGGUGAACAGAAAGGAUUAUUGACAACGGGUCCAACCAAGAAAAAGAAACCAAAGAAAAAAUUACGUUGGGCUGAUGAAAAUAGAUUACGUCAAUUCUUUUAUUUUGAACUAGAUGAAACAGAGAGAGAAAAUGUGAAUAGACCCAAAGAUUUCAAUAGUUUAAAGAAAGCUGAGAGAAUGAUGGAAGGAAGGGCAAUGGAUAAUGCUAGAAGAGUAAGUCAUGAUAAUCAACAAGAAACAGUGCCGUGGCGUAAACCGGAGUUAUUAGAUGGUUUAGUAGAAGUUGUUAUACCAGGUGGUAAUAGUACAGAUAGAGAUAUACAGAAACAGAGAGAACAGGGUGUUUUACAAGCAUUGUUCUUCUCUAAAGCCAUGUUACCUGAUACACCAACUGAACCAGAUUUAGAAUCUUUUGAAGCAACAGAACCUAAAAAUAUUCCACUAGAAGAUGGUAGUGCAUCUGGAGAAGAAUAUUCCCACACGUAUGACAACCUGGAAGCCAGACCAGAUAAACUAACAAUGGAUCUACCUCCACCACCUCAAUCAUUAUUAUUUCCAUCUCAAUCAGCUGGUCUACCAGAGGAGUUGACCAAUAUAUUAAAUAACUUCAGUAAAAAUCCUCCCACUGGUAAUAAUGUACCCAAUGAUAUGAUGCACAACGUACAGAAUAUGUUGGCUGUUAUUAUGCAAGCUAGUCAAGAUGGUAACCAGAAUGAGAUGAUAGAUAAAUUACGAAUGGCACUCGAACCAUUUCGUCAUCAACUACCAGAAUUAUUCCAGAUGCAACCUAACUUUGGUAUGGGAGGACCACCGCCACCAAAUAUGAUGGGACCAAGGGGUCCACCAGGUUUAUUAGGAGCUGCCCCACCUGGAUUUGCACCAUUAGGAGGACCACGCCCACCAAGAUUUAUGGGAGGACCCCCAGGGCCAGGAGUAAUGAUGGGACCAGGAGGUCCGCCUAGAGGACCAGGUCCGGUUGAUGAAUGGGGUGAAAAUAUGAUGGGUGGACCAAUGGGACCACGUGGUCCAAUACGGCAUGGAUUCCCUCGACCUCGAGGUGGUAACAUGAAUCGUGGAGGACCGAGAGGUGGACGAGGAAUAGGAGGAAAUCGUGGUGGUGGUGGACGAGGUGGAGGUAACUGGGAUCGUGGAGAUAGAAACGGAGAUAAUGGUGGAGGUCGAGAUCAUGGUGAUCGAGAUAAUCGGGGUGGUGAUCGCGGACGUGGCGGUCGAGGUGAUAGAGACAGAGCUAAAAGAACUGUUUGUCGUCAUUUUGUAUCAGGAGGUGGCUGUAAAUAUGGAGACACUUGUAGCUUUUUACAUCCAGGUGUUAAUGGACCACCAUAGUUUAUAUAUUAUAAUUAUGGAUGUAAGAGACUACUAGAGAAAGGAAGCAGUGCAAUUGAAUGUGAAAGUAGUAGGGGAAAAAAUUGGACAUUGUCUAUUUUCAAUGAGUCAAUUUCACAACAUUUCUACUUUGUGUCCUGAUGACCGAAAAAUAAUUGGAGAAGGAAAAGGAGGUUUAUCUAGAGGAUUGCAUGAUGUCAAGGAGACUGUUCCAAAAGAAACACCAGCAGUCUGAAUCGAUUCUGUGUUCUAAUUUAAAAACACUUGAAUAAAAAUUUGAUUUUAUGGCUCUUGUAUAAAUGAUGGAGAAUAUAUUAAUUUAUUAAAGUGAUAACUUUUCGUGAUCAACAAUCUUCAGGAGUUUUAUAAAACCUGAAAUAAAAUAUAUAUCAACAAACAUGGCGGACACUAGUUAAUGAUUAUUUGAUGUGCAUUAAGUUAUUCUUACAUUUAAAAUAAAUCAAAAUCAACCUAUACUAGUGAUUGUAUUCAAAGUAUUAUACUCCAGUGGUAUGGAUAAACAAAUUGUUAUAUUUAAAAUACAUGGUGGUUAAACUAACUAGUAUUAUACUCCAAGGAUGUGUAUUAAAUUCUUAUAUUUAAAAUACAUCAUAGUGAUUUUAUUCAGUGCUUUAUACUCCAGUGACGUGGGUUGUAUAUAAAAUAUGGCAUAGUCAAACUAUGUUCGUUUAACUCCAUACUGGAAUGGGUUAAAAUCUUUAAAACUUGUGCCAGGCGUUGGAAGCAGUGAGUCAGUAGUUGGAGAAAUAACAGUUCAUUUAAACUAUCUGGCAAUCCUGGAGAUAAGGAUCCUGUCACAGACUUCUUCAAGUAUAAAUUAUCACACAACUUAUUUACUGGAAUAUGUUAAACCAUGUGCCAAGCCUGGAAACAGUGAGUCUGUAGUUAGACAAAUAACAGUUUAUUGUGUUCAACAAAGUCAUAAACAAUGCUAAAUUUGUAUAAAAUAAACCGAUUAUGACAUGUGAGAAUAAAUGCUUGUUAUAAAUUUUAUAUAGUGCAUAAUGAAGUAAUUGCAUUUCAUAAUUUUGUGUAUUGAUAUUUUGUGAAAAUGAGAAAGAAAUUUAAUUUGUAUAGGACUAAAUUUAUAUUGUGUGUUCAAACAAUAUUUAUAUGAAGAUAGCCUUUCUUUUAAGUUGCCUGAAUGCUGUGGAUGUUGCAUGAAAUAGUCGUACUUCGGCUUCACUGUCCUUUUCUUGUACAAGGUAUUUAUAUGUACUGUGAUAUUCGCAUACCAGGAAUAGCGUGGAAGGAAAUGGUACAUUGUGUGAAGUCAUAUUAACAGGUCUAGUCUUUGAGAGGAGUCGAAAUAUGGUCUAUUGAGUAUUAUGGUUUUCUACAAACCGUCCAUAUUUCGCUAUUGUUUGGCUACCAAAAUAACAUUUGUUUACAGUUUACAGCAAAUUGCCUUGUAAACAGGUAAACAAUGGGAAUUAGUCAAGGAAAUUGAAAGUACUACAGAGUUUAAAUCUUUAUAGUUUCUAAAUGAAGAUGAAUAUUGUCAACAAUUACAAUGAUAAAAAGCUGAUUAAUAACAAUAAAUUAUGACUUGAAUAUACUCAAUUAAUGGGGGUGGGUACAGCCCAAAAUGUGGUGAUUAUUAUUUUGGUGCUAAGAUGGUUCUGAAUGGCAAGAGUCUUGGUGCAGAUGUAUAAAUGAAAAUGCUCGCACAUCAAUUAAUGUGAUAAAUAAACAUUCUUAAAUUAUUUUUGUUGAAAGAAUAUUUCAAUUAAUAAUGGAUGAUUGAAUUUGUUGAUUAAAUUAAUUUAAAUUUUGGAUAGAAAUUCUUUGAUUGGUGCAUAGCUUCAUAAAUUAUCUGAUAUAGGUUUGAAGAAUGACUUGUGUUUUUCAUGAAUUAUCUGAUCUAAAGCAGGACUUGUGUGUUCAUUAUCUGGUAUAUGUUUGAAGCAUAACUUGUAGUUGUAUGAUCAUGAAUUACCUAGUUUCAAGCAUGUUUUCUUUCAUGACAUAUAUCUGAUAAAUGGUUGCGGUAGUGCUCGUGUUGUCAUAAGUGAUGUGAUUAAAACAUUAAAUUGUAUAUGGAUGAAGCAUAACACUUUUAAUGUUUUCAUGACAUAAUGGUAGGAGCUUAUAUUAACGUAGGCCCUGCUAUUAUAAAAAGCAAUUUUCAUUAAAGGGACAAUAACACUCUUGCUGGCUUGACAGCUCCAGAAAAAUAAAAAAAAGCCUUAUUCUAAGUACUAGAUGUGUUAGUGUCUUACCUGUUGUGUAAAUUAUCCAUUAAAUCCUAUUUUACUUGUCCAGAGAGUUCAAAAAUAUUUCUAAAUCCAAGUCACAUUUGAAAAGCUUUACAGUCAGGCUUUUCAAAUCAUUUAGUUGAAUUUUUCCAAUUUUUUAAAUGAAGUGUGUUAAGAUGAAAUUUGUAUCAUCAAUUAAUUAGAAUAUUGUAAAAUAGUACAAUUUGUUGACCAGAAUAAAGAUUGGGACAUAUUAUUCAGUUACAACAAGAGUGGUAUUGAGCCUUUAAAGGGAGAUAAUCCUGUUGAAUAUUUCAUGACAUGGUAGGAGUUAAUGAUUCAAGAUAGUGCAUGUAUUGAUGAUAUUGUUAUAACACGGAGAUAAUUUUAUUGAAUAUUUAUGCGUGACUCUAUGCUAAAUCUGAUCAUUGAUAAUACAUGUAUGUUGUUUAUGCAAAUUAUAGGUGUAUAUAUGUAAAGAUAAUUGUAAUAUAUUUGUAAAUAUAUUAGAUAAAGUAUAAUAAUAAAACUCUAUUGUGAUAGAGAUCUAAUGAAGUUUAUAUAUUAUAGAAUAUGAUUUGUUAUGGCCUCAUUCAUGUAAAUUCAUUAUCAUUCAUUGUUUUUCUACAUCACUCAUUAAAAAUGUUUUGAUACAAAAG